UCGGCUGACCCACGGCCCAGCGCGUGGACGCGCCAUGGCGAGCGCGUGGUUCUCCCUAAUGCUGCUGCUGGCGGUCGGCGGGCGAGAUUCCGUCGUGGCACACGAAGUGCAGGCCCACGUGCUUGCAGAAAAAUUACACGCACAGCCCGUCGCAGUGCGACUUUCGCGCGGCCUCCUGGAUGGUCUGGUGGGUGCCGUGUUGAGUCCUGUGCUGGACGCCGGUGAGAACGAGUGCUCGAGCGCCCGCGGUGAUAGCCUCAACAUCGGCGCAACUCUGCCCCUCGGGAUAUCAGCCGGCAUUUCCGGCUCUUCGGCUAACGCCCACACCAGACAUGGAUGCGGCGCCAGCGCCGGGUCCAGUUCUGGAGGCUUGAACAGUGGUAGCGCCUCUACUGCCUCUGCAGGUGGAAAUGGAUACAGCGCUGGUGGAAGCGGUGUAGCAGCUCAGGCAGGUCAAGGGUCAGGGGCUCACGGUGGAAAUGAAGGUUAUGGGCAAGGACAUCGUCAGCACAUCGGAGGGGAAGCCAAAUCCAGUGGUUCUGCAGGAACUGGAGUGGGCUGGGAAGGUCAGAGUGAGUCACAUGCCGUUAGCGGGUCCACUGGACAAAGCAGACCUAGUGUUGCCUCAAACGGACCGGGAAAUGGAAACGGUUUCAGCAAUAGUGGAGGGUAUGUGGGAGGUUCUCCAGUCCGAGGUGAGGCAGCAUCAGUGAGCGCGAGCUCAUCGCAAUCUGCUAGUGCCUCUUUCGGACACGGUAGUUCUGCAGCUGGUGAAUAUGGGCAAGGUAAUUUGGGAGAUGAGUUCAGUGGCUAUGAUGGUGGACAUGUUCAUACGUCUAAUCAGUAUGGAAUAGGUAGUUCCAGUGCUGGGGGUCACGAACAAGGAACUCAGAAGGAUGGACUGAACCAAGGUGAAGGUUCAGGGCUGAUGGGAGGCGUCGUCAGCAGCUCAUACUCGACCAGCAAAGCAUCCAGCAGCGCUGGGAGUUCUGGUGGGGCGCGUCCUGGAGCCUCCCACUCCAGCUCUCGCAGUGACGCGAACUCGUCUUCACGUAGCCACUCAUUUCUAAUUAGUGCAUAAGAAAUAUGCUCCUUAACAGUUACCAUUGCUUUGGAUCUAUCGAUUUCAAAUAAAUUUGGACCAAUGGGUAAA